UCAUCACUUCAAAUUAUGUAAUUCAGGUUCAACGAAAAAUUCAGUUGUGUCAAAUGUCAGAAAUACGUCAACACCAACGAAAUUUUAAUUUAUUAAUUGUUGCUACACUCAAUGUUUGCAGAAGAAUAUAACCUUAUUAUUCUGUGAUCUUAAUUCUUACGUGAAAAAGAAUCGCCGUAAAAAGUGCAGAUUUUCAGUCUGAAAAUUGAAAAAAAUCAUUUGUUCUUUGAGGUGUUGGUUAAGGUAGAAGUUUCUGAAAAUCGAGAUUAUAUUCUCCAAAAAGGAAUUUUUUGUGUGAACAUAACUCGACGAACUUGAAAAAAGGCUUCUCUACUUUAAAUUGAUUGUGUACGAAAAUAUAUACGCCAUGGAGGACAUGAAUGAAGAGACCCAAUUUGUUGUCGACGAUGUAAGCAAAAUUAUUAAGGAAGCAAUCGAGGUUUCGAUUGGCGGAAAUGCUUACAUGCAUAAUAAAGUCAAUCAAUGGACUUCCAAUGUUGUCGAAGCUUGUUUGGGGAAUCUUACUAAAUUACAAAAACCUUACAAGUAUAUAGUAACGUGUACGAUAAUGCAGAAAAAUGGAGCUGGUUUGCACACAGCAAGUUCCUGUUAUUGGGACAAUGCGACCGACGGAAGUUGUACAGUUCGUUGGGAAAAUAAGACGAUGUACUGUAUCGUCUCUGUAUUCGGUCUCGCAAUUUAGUUUAUUUUCCAAUUCUACAGAUCUAGUUCAUCCGAGAUCAAAAUAAUAAAAUGCUUCGAGCUUGUUAACGGAAAUUCGAUUUUUAAACUCCGCUAACCGAAAGAAAGCCUAAGAAUUUUCCAAAAUUUUACUAAAUGACGAUUUAUUUCUGAAAAAAAUUCUCUAUUUUAUAUUAAAAUUGUUAAAUUUUCUAGGUAUAGAAUUGCAUUUACCGAGAUAAUGUUGCCUAAUUCUCGUUUUUUAUCCUCUGUAACAAAAAAAAAUCUUUCCAAAUUUCAACAAUUUCUGUAAGUUUAACUAAUAUGUUUGUGCGAAGUAAAAAGACCUAAAUUAACAAUUUUUUUCAGUGUUUUGUAUAAUGUGUAUUUUGUUAACAAACAGUGUAUUAUACUGCUUUUUUUUAGAUAAGAUUACCUUGGAGAUUUGGUGCGUUUAUUUUUAAGUGAACCUUAAUUUUAUUUC